ACUGUCUAGUGCGGGAUGUUUUUAUCAUGACAUAGCUAAUUCGGUGUCCUGAAUAUAUGUUUUUUAAUCUACUUUAUAUUUAUUUUUAAGCACUGAAACCCUAAGGUUAGACAAACUUCUCACCAUCGACCCUUCAGUGUGACUAGGGUUGACAGAUUUCGGACUUAAAUUCCAGGAAAUCCUGCUGCCCUUUCACCCAGUUUCCUCCAUAACGUGAUCGCCAAACACAAGCAUUUGUAUCUAGCCGGUAAGGAUGCCAGGAUCAGCCCCUAUCAGUUGCCUGGGACCAUGGCCCAAAGACGUGGGCAUCAUUGCGUUGGAACUGUACUUCCCGUCGCAGUACGUGGACCAGACGGAGCUGGAGCAGCUGGACGGGGUGUCAGCUGGGAAAUACACCGUGGGGCUGGGCCAGGACCGUAUGGGCUUCUGCUCGGACUGCGAGGACAUCAACUCUCUGUGCCUGACGGUGGUGCAGAGGCUGAUGGAAAGGAACAGCCUGUCCUACGACAGCGUGGGUCGACUGGAGGUCGGCACCGAGACCAUCAUAGACAAGUCCAAGUCCGUCAAGACGGUCCUCAUGCAGCUGUUUGAGGACUCUGGCAAUACAGAUGUCGAGGGCAUUGACACCACAAACGCCUGCUACGGCGGCACAGCAGCACUCUUCAAUGCUGUCAACUGGGUGGAGUCUAGCUCCUGGGAUGGCCGUUAUGCUCUGGUGGUAGCGGGGGACAUUGCUGUUUACGCCACAGGAAGUGCGCGGCCUACAGGAGGGGCUGGUGCGGUGGCCAUGCUGGUGGGGCCCAACGCUCCUCUGGCCUUUGAACGAGGUCUGCGAGGAACCCACAUGCAGCAUGCGUACGACUUCUACAAGCCCGACAUGUUGUCCGAGUAUCCUGUGGUGGAUGGCAAGCUGUCAAUCGAGUGCUACCUGAGUGCGUUGGACCGCUGCUACUCUGUGUACCGCAACAAGAUCCACGCGCAGUGGCAGAGAGACGGCUCGGAGGAGCGCUUCAGUCUGGACGACUUCGGCUUCCUGGUCUUCCACUCUCCGUACUGCAAGCUGGUGCAGAAGUCUCUGGCGAGGCUGAUGCUCAACGACUUCCUAAGCCACCCCAACCCCAACACGGAGACGGGCCCCUUCACAGGCCUCGACGCCUUCAGAGAUGUGAAGCCAGAAGAGACGUACUUCGACCGGGACGUGGAGAAGGCUUUCAUGAAGGCCAGCAUGGAUCUGUUUGAGAAGAAGACCAAGCCCUCCCUGCUCGUCUCCAACCAGAACGGAAACAUGUACACCCCCUCCGUCUACGGCUGCCUGGCAUCCCUCAUCGCCACACACACCUCCUCACAGAUAGCCGGACAGAGGGUGGGCCUCUUCUCCUACGGCUCAGGAUUCGCUGCCACUCUGUACUCCCUCAGAGUCACACAGGACCACACACCAGGAUCUGCUCUGGACAAACUGGUGUCCAGCCUGAGCGACCUGAAGGUCCGCCUGGACUCCAGGAAGAAGGUUUCUCCGGCCGUCUUCUCCGACAACAUGAAGCUGAGACAGGAGACGCAUCACUUAGCCAGCUAUGUCCCCCGCAGCUCUGUCGACGAUCUGUUCCCGGGGACCUGGUACCUGACCCGGGUGGAUGAGAAGCACCGCAGGGAGUACGCCCGCAGCCCCCUGAGCAGAGAGCUGCCCGCUGAGCCAGAGGUGGUCCGCUCCGGCACCGCCACCGAGCACAUCCCCAGUCCAGCCAAGAAGAUGCCUCGCAUCCCAGCAGCCCCGACCAGCCCUGAGGCUGCUGUCAGCAACUGAAAGCCUCCCUCCCCCCGCCCCACCCCCCACCCCCCACCUGAGAGGAGCUCCAACAGUGUGGACAGAACAAGACGACUCUAGAGGUCAGGAGUCUAGCAGGAGACCAGAGUCAACUUAGUCAUAGUGGAAGCUGUGGACCCCCCCCCCCCCCUCAGCUGUCCACACCUCCACACUGGGAAACAACAAUCAUUUCUUCUAGCGAUCCUUUAUUUCAGUGCACAGAUGUGUGCAUGCUGAUCUCCAUGGGAACGGUCACACUUCCUGCUGGCGGCUGGCAGCCAGAGACAGGAAGAGGAAAAUGGACAUGAUUAAAAGAUCAAAGGGAAGACGAUGUGUUAGUCUGCAGCCUCUCCGCUGCUUCUGUUCAAUACCUCAGUUUUUUUUAUGAAUGGAAGUGGAGCGUGUCAUGUGACCAAACAUCGGGAACAGACGUACUCAAACUGCUGCUGCACGCCUUGAAUGCUGGGAGACAGAAGACGUCCCCCGUCCCACACAGACGCUUAAAGGAUUUUAGGUUUUUUAUUUGCCUUUAAUUGCCAUGAAAUGUCUAAACCAUGGAUCUGAGGAGCCGCAGCCCAUUUUAAUUCCACCAUCCAUGAUCAGAAAAGGUUUGAAAUAGGAAUAAUAAUUUCACUCGUUGUUUUUUAGCAGAGGGCCUACACGAUACAUGUACGUCCCUGUGAAUAAUGUGACAGCCUAUUUUUUAAAACUCUAUAUACCAGAAACAUAUAUACAGUGUAUUCUAAAUAUCUCUAAAGUUAUAUAUUUUUUAGAUUAGAAAAUAAUCUACGAGCUAAAACUAUUUUGGUGAAAAAUCUCAUAAUGGAAGGAAAAAUGUGCAAUUCUGGAUUUUAUUGGACAUGUUUUUGGGGACUCAAUUAAUAAUUAGGUUGAAAAAGAUUGUCAAUUGUUUUCCAGAUCACUUAGAAACCCCACAUGUAGUGUCCCUCUCACCAACACACACAUUCAACCUCUGACGGGAAAAUGAAUGACUCGUACGUUAGAUUAGGAAGUCAGUGGGUUUAGACUUUUCCAAACCAUGCCGGGACACGUUUGAAACUCAGUCAGGAAGAUGCAACUCAUAUUCACUCAUCCUCACGUUGGAGAAGUCUGCCCAGCUGAGGUUUACACUGCUCACACUACCAGUCUAUAGAGCCCUGCAAUAAUCACUACCUCCACCAGGCUCAGUGUGGCUGCUGCUGUGCUAAUGCUAUCAAUGAGUGCAGACCAUUCCAGACUGAAGGCUGUAUCUGUUAUGCAAGACUCGUGUGUGUUGGGACUUCAGCUAUAGUUGCUACGGAUGUGUGGUAGAGUCCAGUUUUCAUUGGCUGACGUCACAGCCGCUCAUUCUGAAGCCUUAAAGUCAAAGGGCUGUUAGAGAGGUCCGCUUCCUAUCUGAAGACAGCAAAUGUUUGUUCUGUUUUGGGUUUUUUUUUAAAUGUCAUUGUUGCUUUUCUUCGUCGUCGACAAUAACUUGACGACUGCAAGAAGAAACCAAAAGGAAAACAUCAGCCUUAAAAGCUCCCAGUCGUUCCUGCUGAUGUUGGACCGGCUCCAGCACUCAGACGGUUAACGUGGAGGUUCUGGAGAAGCCUUUUCAAUACGACUGGACCGUGAGACCACACUUCUCCUCAUAGUGUACAGAUCUUAUUUUUAAUGUACAGCGGCAUCACCUGAGUUUUCUUGGUCUGACUGGAACAUUUUGUCUGUGGGGCAUGUAGGGCCCGCCUCAAGGUCACAUGACCUUUACUAAUGUAAAUGUACAGUGCACACUAAGAAUGUUAUACGCUGUGUAGAUAAACAGAGUCAUUUUAUCCAGACGGUUUGUCUCAAUGUGUAGAUAUGCAGAAUAAAUGGACAGAACAUG